UUGAUGUGGUCGGUGGUUCUGAGGGUGGCGCGCAGUCCAGUUUCCAUGGAAACGCGGCCUGGUCCCUAAACCCGCCUGAAGUGAGCAUCGGUCGCGGAACCCAGAUUUUGCUCUGAACUCUACAAUGUUACCACAGGAGAAAGAACUAGAUGAACUUUUGGCUUGUAAAAAAGAAGAGUGGAAAACAUUACAGGCCCUACGAGCUCAACUGCAAGAAACAGCCCUACAGGAUGCCCAGCGGCAGCUCCAGGAAGCAAAAGAGAAGCUCAGUCAAUUGAAAAAGGACUUUACCUAUAACUUGCAGGUCCUAGAGGAACGGGACUGUGAGCUGGAGCGUUAUGAUGCUGCCUUUGCCCAAACUAGUAUGUUGGAGGAAGCUAGAAAGGCAGAGGUGAGUGAGCUCAAGAUAGAAGUGGCCAAGCUAAAGCAAGCUAUUGCCAAGGAAACCAGGAAGCGAGAGGAACUGCAGCAGCUUUAUCAGCACCGACUGCAGGAGCAUCGUCUAGAGCUGGAGCAGAUACACAGCAACAAGAACUGUGAAAUUGACCACCAUCGAGAACAAUAUGAAAAGUUGAAGUGGCAACUGGAAAGAAAACUCCAGGAACUGGAUGGUGAACUUGCUUUGCAGAAACAGGACACUUUUGGUGUAUUGCCCGGGGUCUCUACACCCGGCCCAUUGCUUGGAUACUUACCCUUCCCGGUCUUCGGAUGUCUCUGGCCCCUCCGAGGGUGGAGGGGAAUGACUAGACAGAACACCUGA